AUGUCAAGCCGGAGUUUGUUUCCCCAAGGAGAACAUCACUCUCCUUGCUACCAUUGCUGCAAAAAGAAAAGCUCAAAAAAAUUACCUUUAAACGCUGCUAUUGAAUGUACAGUAGAUGCUGUGGUCAUGUCCACGCAGACAGAAGUGAAUAAUACCCGCGUUACUCUUGCCAAGCAAAUAUCCCUUCUUUCUGUUCCAAUUUGUGAUCUAGUCAACAGUCAUACAAGCACUUUGAUUUUACCUGUCUUUAGCAAGCAUGUACAAUCCCUCAACAACCCUGAACUCUCCCGUAAAGAUAAGACACCGCAAACAAAAAUCGGAAAAAUAGUUUUCACUUGCUCGAAGACUGCUACUUCACUGUUGACUGACCAUACACAGGACCUUAUUUGCGUCUUGUGCAAGACCUCCUCCGGUGUCGCUCUUUCUCCUUUACUCUCUCUUGAGCUUAUUCCGAUUCUUAAUGAUGACCGAGCUGUAUUUGCAAAGGUAAUCUGUGUGCCUUCUAGCUUUGACCCUUUCUAUGUUAUUUUUCUAUAUGUUCCUUCCUCUCCUGCCUCUCGCCAUGCUUUCUAUUCUGGCUUACAAUCUAUUGCCACCCUAAACUAUACAGCUACCCCUUACUUUAUGUCCUCCUCUAUUACCAGCAAUGGUGUCUAG